AUGUCCCUAAAACCACCGCCUCUGCGCCCGCAACAUGACGAACCGCACGACUACAACCACGUUCACGACGCGGACUUGGAGCUCACCAUCCGCUUCUCGGCCUCGCUGCCCGACCUGCUCCUCUCCAUCCCUGCCUCUCUGAACGCCAACACCGCGACAUUAAAACAGCUGAUCCGAUCGCGCAUCCCAGAGCAGUACGCAAAGCAUCGCAUCCGCCUGAUCCAUGCGGGGAAGGCCCUCGUGGACGACGUGCCCCUGAGCUCGACGCUGAAAAGAAAUGUCUCCAGGCCACCCAGUCGGAUCAGCACGCCCGGACCGUACGAUGAGAGAAACAACGGGCCGACAACUGCUAGUAGAGGAGGCCUUGCCGACGGAGGUGACGGCAAAGGCAAAGGCAAACAACCGAUACGGGACCCCCCCUCGGCCCAGCCUAGAAUCUACAUCCACUGCUCGAUAGGCGACAUUGUGCUCUCCGCCAAGGAACUCGCAGACGAGGCGGCCGUAGCGGCGUCGGCAGCGGCUCAGGCGACGACCGAGGAUGGGAAUGGGUAUGGAAAUGGAAAUGGAAAUGGAACUGGUGAACCCAAAGCGAAAGGGUCGCAUACAACCACGACGCCUGCGCCGCGCGGCUUCGACCGGCUGCUCAACGCGGGCUUUAGCGCAGCAGAGGUGCAGUCGCUACGACUCCAGUUCCUAGCUAUCCAAGCGCACACGCACACCCCCGACACGAUGCCUAGCCCGAACACCCUCCGUGACAUGGAGGAUCGGUGGCUCGACAAUUCGACCUCCGAUUCUGGUGGCAUGGGCGGUCUCGACGGCAACGCGGCUGGUGGCGUGGGCGCUCACGACGACGACAUGCAGGCCGGGGCGCUGGAUGAUAUGAUCUGGGGCACGGCCAUGGGGUUCUUCUGGCCGGUCGGGUGUCUGAUGUGGGGGGUGAGGGAGGAGGGGAUAUGGAGCCAACGGCGCAAGAUGGCCGUGGUUGUGGGGUUUCUGUUGAAUAUCGGGCUGGGGCUUAUAAGGUAUGGGGGUUGA